AACCGUCUCCACCCUCGGCCAAAGCAUGAAGAUAUAUCGCACCUAAGCGAACAAAGAAGGACGGAUACGAAAUAAUAUGUAUAACUUCUUCGCGAUCGCGAUGGUGCGUAGGACCACGUUCGAUCAGUUGUCCGGUUGACGGCCCGUAGCUUGGACGCGUUUUACGGUGCAGAUAGCAGUGUAGCCUUUUGUUCCAAAUCCAGCACAGUCAGCAAACGGUGGUGGACGAGCAAAUUUACAGCGUGCCCGAUCGGGAUUGUUGAAUUGUUUUCACUGUUUAAUCAAUGCGCAAAAUUGUGUUUAGACAAGCAGAAAUUUGAUGCCGUUUGCAAUUCUUAACAUUACCUGAGUGUGUGUGUGUGUGUUUCCACAAAAAAGUUUCCACAGUUUGAAGAAAAGAAAAAUUACACCGCAUUGGUUGUUGUAUCUUCCCACACACGCGUUGUUGUGCCUAGUGAUCCUCAACGUGUCCGAAUAGUGUUGAUACCUUGUUGCAAUCUGCUCCACAUUAAACGAACGAAAAAUCAAACUCGGUGUGAUUGUGCAACUGUGUGUCUACGGCUGGUUGUUGGGUAUAUAGCCUUUGCGGUGUGAAGACGUGUCAAACGAGUUAUGUGAACUGAUCAGGGUGGCGAUCGAUAACACCCCCAAAAACAACGUACCACAUCGUUACGAGUGUGUACCGUGUAUGCAUGUGUAUGGUAUCAUCCUGCUGGGAGGGUACAAAUUGAUAAGCGAUCGAUAAUUUUUGUACCGUGUGAUAGUGUGCAUAUAGUGAUAAUACAAAGUGAAGAAAAAUUAUCACCUAAAUGGCAGAGAAAAUGGAUAAGAAAGAAAUAGUGCUUGUUACGGGCGGUUCCGGAUUCUACGGCCAACACUUGAUCAGAGUUCUGCAGGAGCGGGACAGCAAGGUGGGCGAAAUACGAGUGGUCGACCUUAACCCCUACGAGAACCGACUCGGUCACACCGAGAGCAAGAAAGUUGUCUCGUACGUCGGCGAUAUCUGUGACGCGAAAGCGAUCGAGCACGCAUUCGAAAACGUUGACUGCGUGUUUCAUCUGGCCGCGUACAUGAACUUCGACUUUCCGCCAAACUAUGACGAGCUGCAGCGGGUCAACGUGGAUGGAACGGCCCGGGUGAUCGAGCUGUGCCGCAAGUACAGCGUGCCCCGGUUCGUCUUUGCCAGCGACUGUCUCAUCCACAUGACACCGUACCUUGGGAAGGCCAACUUUACUAUCAUCUGCAAUCAGACGGAACCGAAGACGAAGGUCCCGACAAAGGACAGCGAGUUCCAGAUACCGGGCUAUGCGGCCUCCAAGUGGAGGGCGGAGUGUUUUGCAAUUGAAGCCAACGACACACUGCUUGCGAAUGGUGAGAAGCUGAAAACCAUCGCUAUCCGGCCACCGGUAAUGUUCGGCGAGUGUGACGAACGGUUCGUACCGUCCAUCACGAAGGUGGCACUAAAGUUUAACGGCAGCAUCCCGAAGCUGGCCGGGCCCGGUGGCAAGCAGCAGAUUAUCUACGCGGGCAAUGCGGCCUGGUGCUUGGUGCGCGCGAAGGACGCCCUGGUCGAGAAUGCCAAAAACAUUGCCGGCUAUCCGGUGUUCGUGACGGACGAGUCCGGCAUCGAGGAUACGACGCGCUUCUGUCAGCGGAUCUCGCGCGCCAACGAUACGCUAAAGCUGCGCCCAUCCAACUAUCAGAUCCCGCUGUUUCUGACCUUCUUUCUGGCGUUUCUGCUCGAGCUGCUGGUGAAAGCGCUGCAUCCGUUUGCGAAAAUCCGGCUCCCGUUUCCACCGUGCGGGAUGCUGUCGUACAUGUCGUCCAUUAUGCUGUUCAAUCGGAUCCGCGCAUCGAUCUACCUGGACUACGAGCCGAUCUACAGUGAGGAGAAAGCCGUCACAAACAGUGCACUGUGGUACGAGCGUUGGUAUCAGGAUUACUGCCAAGCGCACAGUCUGAAGAAGCUGAAAGUCAAGUGAAAAUAUUCGCUUCCGCAAGCACGGAUUCCCAGGAAUAGCAUCAAUCUGCUCACGGCCCUUAUCUGCCGUGAGUGGUGAUGUAUGUAGCCUUUUUUGUUUGUUCCUUCUUCUCCGAACCGUACGCAAAUCGGUCGUAAAUAGAUUCCGAACAGUAUUGCACGAUAGGGCAAAUGUCCAGCCGGAGGUUAGGUUUUUUUUUCGCUCUUCCUAUUCCACUCUUCACUAGGGUCCAUUCCAUUGGGCACGCGCUAUUAGCAUACCGGAUGGUAGGAUUUCUUCACCUAAAUCCGUGAGCCCAUCAUGUAUAGGAAGUAUUUUCACUGCAUUAUUUCUAUUGGGCCACUGCCACCAUCCGUGCCACUUCUUUCCCUACCCUUUGCAUACCUGGUGCACGCUUGAUUUGUCUGGAAAAUCAGCCAGCACCAAACGCAUACCCCAAAUCGCUUCUCGGAAGCGACCUAAUGAAGCCAAGGCUUUCUCGUGUCUUUUGCAAAACCAUUUAAUUAAAAUUAACUUCACGAUUAUUAGGUUCGUACCUUCAUGGUGCUGGGUGUUCCAUCUCAACAUCAAACCACCCACGAGGUUUGCUACGUUUGCUCAGGCUCCUCUCGCCUAGACGGCUGAAAUCGAUCGUACAGAAAUUAAUUAAACUUGUUUUGGCAUAGCACAUGGAAUGUGUUCUCUGUAAAGUGUGCGCGCCUGGGGGUGUGUGAAUGUGUAUUUGGUAAGGGAAGAUGGGGUGCCCCUCCGAAGGGCGUCCAUGCAGACGCGAUACGCUUCAAAAUCUAAUUACCUUCUUCAAUAAUCACGAUAAUCUUUGACAAUCUCACGCGGACGCACCGUACGAUCCGUGCCGUUUGUUAUGCUAAUGUACAUUUUAUUUAUUUCUUCUCCAAUCUCCAUUAUUAUCCCGUUGUUGCUGGACGGGCAAAAACCCUUAGCGGAAGCUUUUGGAUGGAUGGAAAAGAAAUUAACGACGGUUUUUUUCUCGUUUUAAACUGUUCCCCAUUUCGCAAUGUUUUUUUAGCUUGAAAUAAAAGUGAAAGUCCUUGUUUUGCUUUGGUGAGGUUCAAAGAUCAAUUCAUUACAAUAAAAAUGUAGCAUUCCGUACCCUAUCAGUGGCUUAGGUUAAGGGUUUAGUUAGGUUUUAAUUAAGACACAAUAUUCAGGUGGGGCAAUAGCGAUAGGACUGGUUAGUAAGUUAGUACCAAUUUUACUAUAUUUGUAGUAACCAAGACACAACACAAUCAACUGCAAAGAAGGUGAUCCCAAAGGAAGUAACUCCUAAUAAAAUAUAUUGGUCUGGUA